UCAUUGCCGGGCUUAAUGAUUGACAGAGCUGAGGAGAAGCUGAGGGUCAGCUGCUCCAACGGCCGCUCAGACCGUGACCAGUCGACGACGAGGGCGAGCAUGCUCCUUCUCCUCUUCGCGCUCUGCUGCGCGCUCCCGCGGGCCUGGGCCGAGCCCGGUGCGGGGUUGCGCACGUGGACGCGCUUCGCCCGCCUGCCCUACCCGGCCGACAAGGCCUUUCUGCACGACACGUUCCCGAGCGGCUUCGCGUGGGCCGCGGGCACGGCUGCGUACCAGGUGGAGGGCGCGUGGCAGAAGGACGGCAAGGGCAAGUCCGUGUGGGACACGUUCACGCGUGGCGGCGCCCGCGUGCUCACGGGCGACGUGGGCAGCGACAGCUACCACAACGUGCGCGCGGACGUGCGCGCGCUGAGCCAGCUCGGCGUCACGCACUACCGCUUCUCGCUCUCGUGGCCGCGCAUCUUCCCCGACGGCGAUGCGGAGGGCGCGCGCAACGCCAGAGGCGUGCAGUACUACCGCGAGCUCCUGCGCGAGCUGCGGGACAUCGGCGUGCAGCCCGUGGUCACGCUCUACCACUGGGACCUGCCGGACAGCCUGCAGCGCCGCUACGGGGGCUGGAACAGCUCGGAGCUCGUGGGGCUCUUCGCACGGUACGCGGACUUCUGCUUCAGCACCUUCGGCGAUGACGUCAAGCUCUGGAUCACCAUGGACAACCCGUUCGUGGUGGCCUGGCACGGCUAUGGCACCGGGGUCGUAGCUCCCGGGGUCAAAGGAGACCCCGACAUGCCCUUCAGAGUGGGACACCAUCUCCUCAAGGCUCAUGCUGCAGCGUGGCAUCUCUACGACGAGCACUACCGAGCCAAGCAGGGUGGGAAAGUGACCAUAGCUCUGGCCUCACACUGGAUCAAACCCAGCAGCACCAGGCUGGAGAGCCAUCAGGCCUGUCAGUGCUCCCUUGACUUUGUGCUCGGCUGGUUCGCCCGGCCGCUUUUUGUGGACGGAGAUUAUCCGCCCUGCAUGAAGCGCAACCUGACGCACAGGCUGCCGUCAUUCACCAAGGAGGAGAGGGCGUACGUUAACGGGACAGCAGACUUUUUUGCCUUGUCCCACGGGCCCGCUCUCAGUUUCCAGCUAAUCAAUGACAGCCUGCGCUUCGGACAGACGGAGGACCUGGACCUGCGGAUGCUGCUGUACUGGGUCCACGCCGAGUACAACAACCCACCUAUCUUUGUGGUGGAGAGCGGCUGGUUCGUCAGCGGCAACACCAAGACUAAGGAUGCCAAGCACAUGUACUACCUGAAGCGCUUCAUCAUGGAGACUUUGAAGGCAAUCCGUUUCGACAGAGUGAACGUGGUUGGAUAUACUGCAUGGUCGCUGCUGGAUGGCUUCGAGUGGUAUCGCGAGUAUGGGAUACGCCGUGGCCUCUUCUACGUGGACUUCAAUUCUGAGCACCUGACUCGAGAGCCGAAGACGUCGGCCCUGUUCUACAGUAAACUCAUAGAGAAGAACGGCUUCCCUGAGCUUCCAGAGAAUCGGCCUGCCGUCGGAGUCUUUCCCUGUGACUUUGCCUGGGGAGUGGCUUCAAACUCCAUACAGGUGGAGACCACACCUACGCAGUUUGUUGACCCAGGUGUGUACAUCUGGAACAUCUCAGAUAAUGGAAAGCUGAAGAGACUGGAGUCUGUGCAAAUCCCCGUGCACAGAAUGCGCCAUUGUGCCGACUACGCAGCAAUACGGCAGCAGGUAUCGGAGAUCCAAGCAAUGCAUGUUUCCCAUUUCCAAUUCUCGCUUAACUGGUCCUCAGUUGUCCCUACAGGCCAAAUAUCGGAGGCCAACAACACACUACUAAGCUAUUACCACUGCUUUGUUAGUGAGCUACAGAGGGCCAACAUUACCCCAGUGGUCACUCUUUGGCACCACACCGGUAAGCUCUCCAGCCUGCCCGCUCCGCUGGAGGCUAACGGGGGCUGGCAAAGUGACGAGACGGUGCAGGCCUUCGUGGAUUACGCCAGGCUGUGCUUCAGAAGGCUUGGGGCCCACGUCAAGCUGUGGAUCACUCUGAACGAGCCCAACGAGGAAGGGCUGUGCUAUGCAGUUGGGCACCAGUUGCUGCGUGCCCAUGCUCUAGCCUGGAGGGUCUAUGAUAAUGAGUUCCGUAAGUCUCAGGGUGGAAAAGCCUCUUUGGUGCUGCACAUGGACUGGGUGGAACCUGCGUUCUCCUUCAGCCGAGAGGAUGUUGCCCCUGCAAAUCGAGUCCUGGACCUCCGCGUGGGCUGGUUCGCGGAGCCUAUCUUCGGCGCUGGCGACUACCCGCCAGUGAUGCGCAGAUGGCUCCAGCAGCGAAACACCAUUGACCUGUUCAACUACCACUUGCCCACAUUCAGCGAGGAGGAUCGACAACUGGUCAAAGGCACCUACGACUUCUUCGCCAUCAGUCAUUUCACGACAUCUAUGGUUUAUGAUGGAGUUGAGGAUAAGUAUUUAUACAAGGACAGCUUGGAAGUGCAGAUGAUUUCAGAUGUUACCUGGAUUAUGUCUCCGCGGCGCAACUCCCCUGUAGUUCCCUGGGGUCUUCGCAAAGCCCUUAACUGGGUAAAUUCGCAUUAUAAGGGCGUGCCCAUCUAUGUCAUGGCCAAUGGUGUUCAAGAAGACACAGCCAGAUUCAGAGACAGUCUCCGGGUUUACUAUCUAUAUAAUUACAUCAAUGAGGCCCUCAAAGCGUACAUGUUGGAUGGGGUCAACCUGAAAGGCUACUUUGCCUACGCAUUUAAUGACCAGCGCGACCCUGGCUUUGGCAUGUACGGCAACGUGCAGGAGGAGGUUAUAGUGAAAGAUUCCCUGAACCAUUACAGAAACAUCAUUGACCAUAAUGGAUUCCCUGCUCCAAACAGUCCUGCGCAGCAGUGUCUCCAUACGCCUGACCACUGUCCAGUGUGCCAGGUCCUGGCAAAGCAGCCUGUGGUGGGCUUCAUCUCUCUGGUGGGCUCCUCCGUGCUUAUUACUCUGGGUCUUGUUAUAUACUACGGGGCUAAGAGGCACAAGUAAGUCUGUGGUAUUGUAAAUAUGGGUUUGCUGAGGAGCGAGGAAGAGUAAACCUGUUUCCCGUGAUUGUCGUCUUAUUUCGCUGCUGAAUUAAAAAUGCACUGAAUGAUCAUGUACCACCCUAAAAUGAUAUCCUGUAGCUCAGAUGUUGUUAGUCUUGCGAAUUUAGGACCACAAUGCAGGCCAUGAUAUACUUCACAGAGCUCUUCAGGUGUCGAUGUUGAUUGUAUAGUUUCUUUUCAGUGUUUGUGACGACAUCAUACAGAAAAGUAAUACACAAACUACACCGGUCAGGCGUCACAUUCUGACCACCUCCUCGUUUCUGCGCUCACUGUCCACUUUAUCAGCUCCACUUACUGUAUAG